AUGGACUUAUUCAGGCGGUACCUUUCAACAACAACAGAGGUUCCUGAAGACGCUGGUGCUGAUGUCAUUGAGACCCUUGUAGAUCGUCUGCAAACAUCAAGUCGCGUAGAGGAUAGGCGUGACUCGAUGCGCGCAAUUAAAGCUCUGUCCAAGCGAUACCGCCUUGAGGUCGGAACUCAAGCCAUGCCAUCUUGCAUAGAGGCUCUUUCUCGUGAUAGUGAGGAUUCCGACACCAUAUCGUAUGCUCUGGAUGCCCUCUGCAAUAUGAUGAAUGACGAGAGAACUGAUGUCGAUCCUCGUGAACUUGUCAACAUUCCAGCGGACCUGGGGAAGCAGUUUACUGAAAUCUUUAUAAAAGAACCGGAGAAUGUGCAAAUCGUCCUCUCAUUUCUUUCUUCUUACGAUAUGCACGUGAGACGCCAGACAAUUCAUUUGUUGAUCUUGAUGCUGCAGAACAAUCGAAAGGCUGUUCAAGAUUUGCUACUCAGUUCGCCAAUGGCUGUCUCCAAGUUCAUGGCUACUCUUUCCGAUCCCAUGGAAGUUAUUCGAAAUGAUGGCCUUCUGCUUCUGCUCUACUUCACAAAGAAUCACACGACUAUUCAGAAGAUUGUGGCCUUCGAAAAUGUCUUUGAGCGGAUCCUGUCUAUUGUCGAAACGGAGACGGUUGGGGAGGGUGGUGUUGUGAUUGAGGACUGCUUCCGCCUUUUGCAUCAAAUACUCGCUGGUAACCAGCAGAAUCAAAUGCUCUUCAAGGACGGACGGUUUGCUCAGCGCCUCGCCAAAAUCUUCGAAAAUAUUCCGCUGGAACUGGAAGAAUCCUGUGCGUGGUCAGCGCAGAAGCUGGUCAACGUUAGUUGGCUCCUGAAGAUUUUUCGUGCUCUGGUCUCACCUAACAACAAGUCCCAGCAUGUCAGGAGUUGCCAGGUCGAGAUGCAGGCCUGUGGUUUGUUGAACAGCCUCUGGAAGGUGAUCAUGGCAGGAGGCGUGCCCGCGGACCUCCUAACCGAGGCACUUUACACCCUUGGCGAAGCGGUCCGCGGAUGUCCCAACAACCAGGAGGCGGUCGUGGCUAUGGUCGCUCCCUCGGAGCCUCCCCAACCCGCUAUCACGGUUCUCCUCAUUACUAUGGUGAACGAACGGCAGCAACUCGCCGUCAGGAUGGCUGUGCUCUACUGUUUCCAGUGUCUGCUCUCAGGAAACAGCGAUAUCCAGGCCAGGGUUGUCUCAACACUGCUUCCUAAGCGCACUGAACCUUGCGUGACAAGUGCCGGCCAACUUCUGUGUGGAGGCCUAUUCUCGCAGGACUCGGUGACGGCCUGGUUCUCCGCGAUCGCCAUGCUCCACUCGAUUUACCAGAACCAGCAGUUGAAGGAGAGCCUCCUCCACGUGCAGAUGGCUCCUGCCUCGGGCGGCGACGCGCCAGUCAGCCUCAUGCAGCAGUGCUUCCGACUGAUCUGUCAGACUAACCGCGUUCAGGCGAAGGUCGGUCUUCUGCAGUUCCUGUGCACGUGGAUGUCGCACUGUCCGGCCGCAGUUCAUGCCUUCUUGUCCCUUCGUUCUGGCAACAACCACGCUCACCAGCAGCAGCAGGACUCCUCCACAAAGAACAACAGUGUCGGCACCGGUGCUGGCCUGUCGCACCUCAUCGCGGACGUCCUGUCCGGCGAGGGCGAGGAGAUCGACAUAGUGAGCAGUCUCUCCGCCAUGCUGAUCGGAAUCUGCGUGUGCUACAACAACAGUGCUGUUGAAGGAUAUGACGGCAAGUCCCUGAUCAGUAUCAUUGAUAAGCGCAUCGGCGUCGACGAUCUGGUCAAGCGGGUCGGCCAGAUCUUCCGGUCGGACGAAUUCAUUCGUGUAAUAAAACACCCAGAACUAGAGGCCUCAAAGCCCACCGAUCUGGUCUUCGACUUUGAAUUCACUCGGCUUUUCAAGGAAGUCGAAUUUGAAGUCUCGACCCGCUUCCGUCGGGCAAGCAGCCAAUCAGAGGAGGCCGGGGCCGAUGCCAAUGCCCAGCACGAGAUGCUCCUGGCCUACCAGAGAGCCCUGGCUGAACGCGACGCCGCUCUGCAGAACCUCCAACUGCGUGUCAUCGAACUCGAGCGCCAACUCGCCUGCGCCCAUCACGACAACGGCGGCGGUCAGAGAGGCGCUGAGCACGCUGCAGAUUCGGACCUCCGGGGUGCUUUGGCUCAGACGUCGGAGAGGCUUCAAACCGCAGAAAAACGCAUUGCCGAGCUUGAGGGAGCAUUGAAAACUGUCACCCAGGAAAAGGAGACUCUCAAGUCCGAGCACGAGGACCUGCUGCUCCUGCUGAGCGAUCAGGACACGCAAAUCACCAGCUUAGUCGCCCAGCUAGAGAAGGUUUCUACCCAACCGCAAAAAGCUCCCAACGAACACCAACAGACAUCGCCUUCAACCCAUCCGCAGCUGCAGCCGGAACAGACGGUGCCUACUCCUCUUCCUCCUCCUCCUCCUCUCGCCACCUCCUGUGUGGCCCCCCAAUACCCGGUUGGCGGUUACACGCCUCUACCAAACCAGACGAACCCUUUCGAACGCCAACUCGAAAACGAACAGAUCCCCUCGUCCCAAGCUGCCUUGUCGCCUCCUCAACACCAACAGCAACAACCCGUUUUCUAUCCCAGUGCCUCAAGUGACGAACACAUUCGCCUCGCCUUCGGUUGA